AUGGUGUGCGCGGCGCCGGCUGACGAGACCAAGAUCAGCAUGCUCGCUUCUGUCGUCGACGCCGCUCCUCAGACCUCGACGCACCGCGCGCGCGUUCCCGAGUGCGCGUCCGUCGCGCGGCGCGAGCGCGCGAUCCUCCUCGCGCCGUCCCUCGCGCCGAGCGCCUCCGUCGCGCCGUGGCGAUGGCGACGGCACGCGAGCAACGAGACGGGCACGAAGUACGACGUCGCGAACGGCCCGGGCGCGAACUUGCUUCGAAUCCUGCGCGACGCGGAGAAGCCGCUGUCCGUCGCGCAAAUCUACGCGAGCGUGGAGGAGCGCGAUAGAGAGGCGCAGGGGGUGCACUCGAAGCGGCACAUGAAGGGAUUGCUGCGGUGGAUGAAGUCCAUACAACGCGUGUACACGUUGCCCGCGAAGAAGGCGUUCGAGGAGGACAUCGUCAGCUUGCGCGCGUCGGGGAAGGGCCACGUGUUCAAGCUCACGGAGAAGGGAGAGAAGCACAUAGCGAAGAUCGACGCGAACGCGGGGAUCGAGCGUCCGGCGGCGGCGGACGGCGGCGCGGCGGGCGCGGCGAGCGCGAGCCCGCCGCCGCCGUCGUGA